CGUUGUGUUGCUGGAGCGGCAACGAGCAAACCCAGAUAGUUGAUUGACUGACGGCAGCAUUUCUGUAACCUUUACUGAUUGUACAACUGAAACAAGAGGACAGCAUGCCUCGAGAAAUCAUCACCCUGCAGCUCGGACAGUGCGGGAAUCAGAUUGGUUUUGAGUUUUGGAAGCAACUAUGCGCCGAGCAUGGCAUCAGCCCAGAGGGCAUCGUAGAGGAGUUUGCCACUGAGGGAACUGACCGGAAAGAUGUCUUCUUCUAUCAGGCAGAUGAUGAGCACUACAUCCCUCGUGCUGUGCUGUUGGACCUGGAGCCUCGAGUUAUCCACACCAUCCUAAACUCCCCCUACGCCAACCUUUACAACCCAGAAAACAUCUAUCUGUCUGAGCAUGGUGGUGGAGCUGGUAACAAUUGGGCCAGUGGAUUCUCUCAGGGGGAAAAAAUCCAUGAGGACAUUUUCGACAUCAUUGACAGAGAAGCAGAUGGCAGUGACAGUCUGGAGGGGUUUGUGCUUUGUCACUCCAUUGCUGGGGGAACAGGAUCUGGUCUGGGUUCCUACCUACUGGAACGGCUGAAUGACAGGUAUCCUAAAAAACUGGUUCAGACCUACUCUGUCUUUCCUAACCAGGAUGAGAUGAGUGAUGUUGUCGUUCAGCCAUAUAAUUCUCUCCUUACUCUUAAGAGACUGACCCAGAAUGCAGACUGUGUGGUGGUCUUGGACAAUACUGCUUUGAACAGGAUCGCCACAGACCGGCUGCACAUUCAGAACCCCUCCUUCUCUCAGAUCAACCAGCUGGUUUCUACCAUAAUGUCAGCAAGCACAACAACCCUCCGUUACCCUGGAUACAUGAACAAUGAUCUGAUUGGUUUGAUUGCGUCACUCAUUCCCACUCCCCGCCUCCACUUCCUCAUGACUGGAUACACACCACUGACCACUGAUCAGUCGGUAGCCAGUGUGAGGAAGACUACAGUUCUUGAUGUGAUGAGGAGGCUCCUACAGCCUAAGAAUGUCAUGGUGUCCACAGGCCGAGAUCGGCAGACCAAUCACUGCUACAUUGCCAUUCUCAACAUUAUCCAGGGAGAGGUUGACCCCACACAGGUGCAUAAAAGUCUGCAGAGGAUCAGGGAGAGGAAGUUGGCUAAUUUCAUCCCAUGGGGACCAGCUAGCAUCCAGGUGGCGCUCUCCCGCAGAUCCCCCUAUCUGCCAUCAGCUCACCGUGUCAGUGGACUUAUGAUGGCCAAUCAUACCAGCAUCUCUUCGUUGUUUGAGCGAACCUGUCGUCAGUAUGAUAAGCUGAGGAAGAGGGAGGCCUUCCUCGAGCAGUUCAGGAAGGAGGACAUAUUCAAGGAGAACUUUGACGAGCUGGAUAACUCUCGUGAGGUGGUUCAGCAGCUUGUAGACGAGUACAGUGCUGCCACACGGCCCGACUACAUUUCCUGGGGUACACAAGAGCAGUGAAAACCCCUCCAGUUACUACCUAAAUCUCUUGAUCCCCCAGUUACACAAACAAAAAGCUCUGAAUGUAUCCUGUAAAUAAUGGAAUUACUCCAGUAGCAAAUAGCAGUAUUGAAGUAGUAGUAAAUGCUCCUCUUAAAACCAGAGACUCAUUUUCAUAAAUCCUCCAGAGCCUUCUCAAGUAUUGUAGGUGAAGAGAUCUUUUAGCUCUGCAUUAUGUGACUUCAUUUCUUUACAGACUUAUAGAAGAGUUCUUCAUAAUGUGGUGCCUCUAUCCUGAGCUGUAAUGAACUUUCAGUCUUUCUCCAGUUUUCUUUCUCUCUUUGUUUCUUUUAAUUAUAGAAUUUAUGGCUCUUUCUUAGUCUAUUUUUGUAUUGCACUCUGCACUCCUCUGCACAAAAUCUACAUCAAUCUACAUCAGGGCGAUGCACAGUUGUCUGCACACAAGCUUCCGUGACCUCACACGUCAGACGUAUACACGGAUAAGAUGGGGUGGUCUCAGAUGAAUGCAACAGUAGGAGGGAGUGUGAAAGAUUGAGCCUCUUGGAUAAGAACAGAUUAAAAGUAUCUUAUGAAUGCUAUCAUACUCCCUUACAUUCACGCAUGCUUGCUUUUAGACAAAAGGCACUUGCUUUCAGGGGCUAGACAAUGAUUGUGUGGUUUUUACCCCAUCUUUUCUGAAAACUAUUUUCAUGGAUUAAUCUAGAAGAUUAUUUUAACAGUUUUGAGAUUAUCAGCAAAGUCAGUGUUAUGCUGUACCUCAAUACAUCUUUUCGAUCAGAUGACCCUCUUGUGGUUAUGUUGUUUAGCAAGUCAAAUUAGUGAUGUUACCUCAAAGUCUGGCAGACUCAAUUGUACACAACGCCAAUGCAUCUAGUGUUACUUUUUCUUUUUUCGUACUGGAGAGUGGUAGCACCUCCAGAAAUAUUUUCUCCAUGUGAAACUCUAAUGCCAAAAUUCUUUGAAAGUGCUUUUUUCACCUUUUUUUUUUUCUCUCAGUGUUGUUAUUAUUAAUGUUUUACUGUGUAUAAAGAUUGCCAUCAGACUUGAUGCAUUUACUUGAAGUUCAUGAGAUUUGAAUAAAUGUUUUUCUACGAGGAUUUUUUUUGUUUCACUACAGUAAGAGUGUA